AUGAACCGCAACGACAUGCUCAACAACCGCCAGCGCACUCAGAACGGCUUCGCCCUCCCUAGCCUCGACAACUCGUCCUCUUCCUCCCUCAUGGACGCCGUUGUAGGCGGCCAGCAGCGCCCCACCGCCUCGGCCAACACCAUGCCCACUCUCUCAGAGGGCGUCGCACGCCGCAACCCCGGUGCCGCUGCCGCCGGAAAGGACGACGUUCAGGUUCAGGAGCUUGAGCGUACUCUUCAGAAGCGGCGGUCGCUCAUUCCGCACCUCGAGAACGAGCUCGCCGAACUUGAGGCCCAGAUCAAGGCCGCCGAGGAGCGCCUCGCUCGGGCUACCGGUGCACAGGCUGUUGGUGGGACAGCCCAGUAA